AUGGCGUUUCCUUUCUUGGGUCUGCUGAGGGGAGAACCGCUGGUGUCGAAGCUGGCAGCGGUGGCGCAGUUUGUUGUCUACCCGUCGGUCAUGGUCGCUUACUGUGUGUACGUCCCCGAAGAGCCGCUUACUUCGAGGACCACGGCGGCCGCUUCAGCGAGCGAAGCCGAUAAGUAGGAGGUCCAUGGGCACUCGAGAUGCUGCCAGUAUCAUUGGCCUAUUUCCAGGUUUUCCUCCUAGCUUCCUCGCUUUUCUCAAUUGUCGUUCUUCGGCUAGGGUUUGAUUUAACUUUCUGGGGGGUGAAAACUCGGUUUUCUAAAAAUUUAGAAAGUGCUUCUUAAUUUCCGCAUCUGUAGUCAAUCGAUCCCUCUUGAUUGUGAAAUUCUAGGCCUGGCCGGUGAAAUGUCGCAGUACAUUCAGUCGUCGAUUAAACUCGCGUCCAUAGUUGUUUUUCGGACCAAGGGGUUUCAUAAUCGGGUAUUUGAGGGAGUUGUGCUCGCCGGAGGCGAGUAUUACUAGAAAAUCCUGGGGAACUACUGAUGUAUCUACUCGCCUUGGUUAUGCGAGCAUAAGAUUCGGAUGACAGUAUCCAUCUAUCCGGCUCAAGAUUAUUAUAGAUCAUCGCUCUUUGAAUAACGAUGGGAAAUGUGGAUGAAAGAAGUAUCCAUAAGGAAAAAUCAGAAGAACAGACAGAUCUGUACCCAGAAUAGCACGGCUUACAAUUUUUUUCCAGUAGAUGAAUGAUCUAGGCUGGACAAGGCAUGCAUUGACAAGGCAUACUACCUAAUUGGUGGAAAAUUUAAAUAAUUAUAGGAGCGUUCACUUGGAAUGGAAUAAUUAUGUAUCUGUGUCCUAGAUAAAUAGGUGGCCUGAGUUAAUUUUAUUCAAUGUAGUUAUGGGGACCAGAAGAUGCAAUCCAAAAGAGAAUUUGUCUGAAAAGGUGGGGCAUGAUUUCUCGACUUAGUGCCCUCGCAAGAAUCUCUGAUUGACGCAUGCCAGCAGGUCUCAUUUAGAAAUCUGGAUUCUCCAAAAGACAAAUCGCAGCAUUUUCUUGGUGAUUUAUCUCUUCUAACACAAAGUCGGAGCUCUCUUAAGAGGACAUCGGCAUUGCGAGAAACGUCUUUGAACAUAGAUCCCUUCAGUUUUUGUAUCUUGCAAUUUUAUUUCCUCCCUCUCGUCACUGCAUGUAAGAAACCCAGUUCACCCAGAGCAACCCCAUUCAGUCCCAAGUGAUUUUGAAGAACUGGUCAGCGGAUUAUUUUUUGUGGUAGCUGUGUCAUGGAAUGGCGUUACGUGCUGUUUAUAGAAUUUGGGAAUGCCCAAGAACACGUCCAGACUCUGGCCAAUUCAGUAGCGAGAAGGGGACACGUAAAUGAUGUUCAGUGUUUAAAAAAAAAAAAAAAAGAAAUCCAAGAAGGACGUUGGCUUGCUCGUAGGGAAGUGAGAGUAGUAGUUAGUCAGGAGUCAGGGGAUGUACUGUAACACCUUAAAGGACACUCGAGGGGGGUCGAAUAUGGCAGCCACUCUAGGUAUAAAGGCCAUGCUCCUCGAGGCCAUAGAAACCUGGAUGGAAGUGUUGAUAAUCUCUUUUAAAAGAUGGUCCACGGCUGAGAAUUCGGGAUUCCAUUGGAUUAAUUGA